AUGUUUAGAUAUUUAAUCUUAUGGAUACUUUCCAUAACCCUUGUGUGUGGAGAAAGAGCCUUCACAUUACAAAGAGACAAUAACGUAGCUUGCUUUCAAAUCAAACAUUACGACCUGAAUACAGCUAUUAAAAUCCAAAACUUAAGGUCAGAAUCAUUAUCAAUUCCAUAUAGUGUUUUUGAAUUUGAUGAUCCCAAUAAAUAUACCAAUAUACCCGAGUUACAUAAGUUUUUGAAUUUAAGUACUACAGUAGAAGAAUCAGACUUUUUAUUUUUGGAUGAAUAUGGUAGACUUGAAGUGAAGUUACAAUUGAAUGAAACAUCUCAUGACGAAGAGAGUGAUACAGCCCAUUAUGGUUUGAUUGAAUCUGAUACAACAAUUCCAAUUCCAAGAGAUGGACAUUAUUGUAUUUAUUUCCCUUGGGCAUAUCAUGAUAAUGUCAAAGUACCAGAGGAAUUCCAAAUUGAUAUUACCAUUAUCAAUGAAAGAGUAAGCUUCCCCAUAUUGUUUUGGUGGUUAAUUUUUUGUAUGGGUAUAAUUAUAUUCUAUUCCUCAUAUGUUAAAGGAGAAACAUUUGCUCAUUAUUCAAAAUGUACUAAGCUAGUACUUUACUUUUAUAGCGCAACGGUUUUAAAAGAGGUUAUCAUACUAUUAGUUGAUUCAAUACCCCAUUUUGAUGGAACUCAAUUCAUUCGUCAAGAAAUAAUCACCUAUUUUAAUAAUCUCAGUACAACACUCAUCAAGCUAUAUAUGGGAUGGAUUAAUAUUGUAAUAUUCAUGGGAUAUGGUUCACUCUAUAGGUUUAAAAUGCCUUCAUUUGUGCUCCGCAAAUCAUUUAUAGUAUCUAUUUUAGACUUAUUAACCAACUUUCCAGGAUUUUCAUCCAUUCUAAGUGAUAAUAUUCUUACAUUUGAAUUAGCAUACCUUUUUAUUCCUAGGAUAUUAGUUGGUAAAGAUUUUGUUAUUGCUGAUAGUGAAAGAUAUAUAUCUUCCUUUGGUAAAUAUUUAUAUUAUCUUAGUGGCUUUUUACUAUCAAUUGAAUUUUUAUUUGAAAUUGCACAAUUUAUGCUAACAGUACAUUAUUCAAUUUCAACCUAUCGAAUUUUAAAGAAACAAGGAAAAUUGGCUAUUCUGAAGAGAUUCAAAGUCUGUUCUUUAUUUUACUUUAUCGGUCUGCCACUAGUUUUGAUAACUUAUGAAUAUUUCGUCGGUAUAGGAGCAGAUGUAAGUAAAGUUCAAAAUAUAUCCGAUUUAAUUAAUGAAUUAGAAUCUGCAUCCCAUGAAGAUGCACUUAUUGUUUAUCAUUAUUUCCAUUUAUUAUUCUUCUGGAUGAUUUGGGCAAAUGAUAAAUAUGAAGUUGAGUCUGAAAAUAAUGACAUUGAAUUAUCAGAAAUAUGA